AUGGACGGCGACCGGAGGGUCUCCCUGUUCGACCUCGGCGUCUUCUCACAGCACAACAGAACCUGCCCGUUCGUCGGCCGGAAUCUCACCCUCCCGUCCGGCUCCCACCCGACGCUUUCAAUCACCGCCAGCGACACCAACCUCACCUUCUUGGUGAACUGCUCCUACAUCGACGACAGCGCUGGAGCGGGACACCUCAUCGACUGCCUCAACAACGAGGAACGCAAGAGCACUUACGUGUUCCACGGCGACUUGCUCCCGUACGACUACACCACCCAAUGCGAGAAAGUCAUCGCAAUGCCGGUUCUGAGCACGUCUUUGCGUGGCGGUACAACUUCGAAACUGCUUGACGACGUCGUCCCCGCGCUGAAGAAAGGCUUCGAGCUUAGAUGGUGGAGGGCGGCGGCGGGGAGUGAGUGCGGGGGCUGCGAGAACGGCGAGGGUUUCUGCGUCCACAGGCGGGAGGCGGGAAAGAAAUCAGGGAGGUUCACGUGCGUGGCUAAUGCCAGUGCUCUCGCACCCAAAUCUUCAGUUAACAAGGAGGGUACUGUACUGAAGAUUGUAUUACCAAUAGCUGCUGGUCUUUUGAUUCUCACAUGUGCAUCUUUUGUAUGGGCAUACAAGUCAAGAGGUGAACGGAGAAUCAACGAUAUUCAGAACAAUGAUCCACAACAACCCUUGAACAUAUUCACGCUCAAUGAACUUGAGAUAAAUAUAGAGCUUCCUUUGGUUAGUUUUGAAGAGAUCAGUAUUGCAACAAAUAAUUUCUCAAACAGCAACAUGAUUGGCAGAGGUGGUUUCGGAGUAGUUUAUAAGGGGAUUUUCGGAGGUGGAAAGGAAGCCGCUGUAGAAAGACUCGGUAAGAGUUCUAGGCAAGGGGCCGAUGAGUUCAAAAAUGAGGUGAUCUUGAUUGCCAAAUUGCAACAUAGGAAUCUCGUUCGGCUUCUUGCCUAUUGUACUCACGAGGAUGAGAAGUUGCUAGUCUAUGAAUACCUGCAUAAUAAAAGUUUGGACGCCUUCCUUUUUGACACUACAAGGAGAUCCAUACUUGAUUGGCCAACCUGGUUCAAGGUAAUUAAAGGGCUUGCAAGGGGGCUUCUUUAUCUGCACCAAGAUUCGAGGUUGACAAUAAUUCAUAGAGAUCUCAAAGCAAGCAAAGUCUUGCUAGAUGCAAACAUGAACCCCAAAAUAUCUGAUUUUGGUCUAGCAAAGAUAUUUGGGGGAAAUGAGCCAGAAGAUAAAACUACCCACAUUGUUGGGACAAACAGUUACAUGUCUCCUGAGUACGCAAGGGAAGGUUUCUUUUCCGUCAAGUCUGACACCUAUAGCUUUGGUGUCCUACUGUUGGAGAUUAUAAGCGGAUUAAAGAUUAGUUCAGCCCAUCUCAUAGCGGACGGCUCACUAAGCCUUAAGGCUUAUGUAAUUGCUCGUGCGUUGCUACGGGUGUAA